AGUGUUAGUGUAACGAGUGAACGCAAAUUUGUGCAUUUUGGAAUAUUAAAGGCACGGUGAACAAGGAGACACCCCUGAUUUUUAGCGCGAUGAAGACUUUGUUGACUGGAUUGGAGAGAAGAAUCGUCGCGUUUGUCUACAUCGCGAUCGUCGUCGAAGCCUCGCGGAGAAAGAGACGACAGAGCAGAUGACUCUCUGGUCGGAUAGAAGGAGCUACAGGCUUCUAGGUUGGACGAGCUCUACGGUGGAGAGGGACGGAAGGGCACAGCAGGGCUGUACCAAUGUUCCUGAGGGAACAGCAAAGAGAGAGGACAAGUGGGGGAGGGAUGAGGGAGAACGGGUUAGCAGAGAGAGAGAGAGAGAGAGAGUCAGGAGACGAGACGAAGGAAGGAGAGAGGGAGAGAGGAAGAGGAGGCGGCGAGGCGCAGGCGUGCGGCUGGUCGCGGCUCGAAUCCCGCCGUAUUCCAAAGAGGAACACGCCACUCCGCCCCCGGCACGGCAGCCACGCGUCAGUCUCGCCCGACUGACCUCCUGUCCCUAACUUCCCUCUUCGAUUCCUGACCCGCGCACAUUGAACUCACGCGGUUCGUACCGGCGAAGAACGUCGCGCGACCGGCCCGUUCAGUUGCCCUCCGACCGGAAGUGCUGCUGCUUCGUCGCUGGAAAUCAUGCUGGCGACGCCGAAACGGCCUAACCUCAACGGCUACUACGUUCAACCGACCGUGGUGAAGGAAGAUCAGCGUUACGCGAUCGGUGCUCGUCGACCCUGUCAGUGUUAAGACACCCUGGUUCUUUCUCCGAUUCAGUCCGGUAGCGGCGAGAUUCGUGCUACUGACACGCGUACACACGCGCGCACACGUACAAAGCGCGUACAUGGUUUGAAAGUCUGAAAGAAAGCGGGCCCGCACGACAUGGAAACGAACAUGGAGAGGACGACGGAGAGGCGCGAGAGGUCAGCGAAGAUGGAUGAUUGUUUCGCGGUGGAGGUUCGACGACGAGUGCAAUAGUGAGGGCUGGAACAACCGGAAGGAAGAGGGAAGAAGGACACCAGUCCUUCGAUAAAGUUUCUUCGUCUCAGACGUUCGGUGUUCGGUGUUCGUACUCUCUCGGCUGUCUCUCUGCUGUCUCUGCGUGUACGGGUGGUGGCUGGUGUUCAGUGCCCGCGUCCGCGACUUUCCAACGUCUCUGUCUCGUCUUGUCCGUCGCGCGGGUAAACAUCGCGGAAUUCUCGUUGACGCGAGGAGGGAAGUAAGUAGAGCGUCGUGAAACUUGGCGUUCCAGUGUCGUUCGUUCUGAUCGACGCGUUCGUGUCGAUCGCCGGUCGGUCGUCGAUCAAUGCCACGGGGGUGCGGUGUUUCGCACGAUCUUCGCAGCCACGUGUUCCGGAUAAACUUGACAACGACAGGCGAACGAUUUUCUAGUUAUUCGUUGUACGACUGGUAGAAGGCGUAGUAGCGGGAAGAAUUAAACGAGUUGUUGACAUAGAGAAAAAAANAAAAAAAAAAAAAAAAACGAAACAGAAGAAAAAAGAAGAAGAAAAAAAAAAGAGUUCUCCCUAUUCGAAGUAUAUCACAUCCUACAAUCAUCGAGUAGAUCGAAGUUCUAUUAAAAGUCAUUAUUAGAGGAUUUAGUGAUCGUUGUCGUUAAAUAGUGAAAAUUUAUUAUACGAGAAUCUUCGAUAUUGCAUAGAUAUAUCUAUAUAUACAUAUAAUAUAUUUGAGAGAUUUUUAUACCGUUGUUCACGGUGAACGUAAAAAUCAGUUGAGAAGAGAUUUAUUGAAGAGCAGAGAGAGAGAGGUGGAAGAGCGGAGAUAAUAUUCGCGAACUGGAAAGAACGCACCUUCCGUGUCGGAACAUCAUCCGGCUAACGAGCGAGCACUCUAAAUAUAUAAUAAUGGUCGUGAGUUCGCACUUUAAUUCGAGUAACAAUCGACGAGUAAUUAAUAACGAUCGAUUCACGCGAGAAUUCCCAGCGUUGAAUUAACGUUCGCCGGCAUACAAUUAAUCAAAUGUUAUUUCGAGAUAUUGUACGAUCUCUGGCGACGCGGGACAAAGCCUAGUUAUUGGCCUAUCGAUCGGUGCAACGAAAGAAUAAAUAUCGAGCCUAAAUAUUACGAAUUAUCAGGGAGAGAUAGAUAUCAGGAGAGCAAAGAGAGAGAAGGAGAGAGAGAAAGAAAGAAAGAAAGAAAGAAAGAAAGGGAGAGAAGAAUCUGUCGCUUGGAAUGCGUCGUCCGAUCAAAGAAGGAAGAAAAUCGUGGAUGAGAAUGGAGAUCGGUCGUCGACCUUGCGACGAGAAGGAAAGAGGAAACGCUUAAACGCGUAGAAGGCGUAGACGACGUCUCCAGGUGCAACGAGGAGAUUAUCGAUUUGCUCACGCGUGGGCCAACAUGUCGCGCGCGAAAUGUGCACAAGCUGCCUCGCGAGUCGUCUGGCAAUCUCGGGACAACGAGCAGCGUCUUGGAAUUUGUGACGCGUUUUAGGAUUUAGGCGCGCGCUAGAUCGUCGCCAGUUCGUCGUACGGCGGGCCGAAAACACGGUGGGUAUGCGUUUCGCUCCGAUCGCGUGGAAUUUGUAAAAUCGAAGAGCAUCCGGAGGAUCUUGGGAAGGGUUUUCGAAAGCGUGGACAGAAAGCGGGAAGGAAAUUUAGUUUGGCAAGAGAAACACGACGAUGAUCGUGAAGCUGGACACCUAGUCGGUCGUGUCCUGACGCCGCUAAAACCCAAAUGGGCGAACCGAAACCCGCUUCGUCUCCGCAGCCCAACGGCGGGGUGAAACAGAAGCCGACCAGCCUGAAUCUAGCGCCGGGUCCCGGUUUCUAUCGCAAUGUCAACGGACGUGCGAGCCUGAAUGAUCGUCAUCUACAGCACGUCACCGCUGUCGUCGGCGGUGAACGCGCCGCACGCGUCAACAAGUCAGCUUCGCCAAGCCCUGCCGGCGCAGUCAACAAUUCCGAGUCCGCUGGCAAUUCAGCAACCACCGCCGCCACCGUCCAGCUACCAGCUCUACCAACAGUACCACCAUUAUCAGCACUAUCUUCAGCGUGGUCGUUGUCUGCAGAACUUGAAAAUUUGCUGGAACCCCCGCCUCCACCGGCUCCAACACAUCCCGCGACCUCGCCUCGUACAAACGCCCUCGUCAACGACCACCAACAACACCAGCAGCAGCAGCAACAACAACAGCAACGCAACAGCGUACAAUCGUCCCCGAUCAACCAGUUGCCCACCCGUAGCCCGAGUCACAAUGGUCACGGAUUCCCACUGUACACCCCACCAGCCCCGAUACCAGCAUCCGGCGCAAAUAAAAUUCGCUCUACUCCCAACGGUUUACCCCAGCCAACAGCACCGAGGCGUCCUCAUAGUAUUGCCGCUCCACCAUACCACCAUGUCUCAAAUGUCCACCACUCCCUUGGUCAGCUCGGUGGUCGAGCAAACGCAACGUCAGCACUACCAUCACCAGCAGCAGCAGCAGCAACAACAACAACAACAACAACAACAAUCAUCGUACCAGCAGGCACACCAGCAGGAUCAGCAACACCGUCAUCGUGGAGCGGCAACGUUGGCGCACCAGGCUCAAGUUCAGCCGGCGUUGUAUCAGGCAUGGUACAACGGCGCGCCCAUUCGGUCGCCGGUACUCCAGUAUCUGUAUCCGCCGGCGGCUGUAACAACAAUGGCGGCAUCAAUGGUGUCAACGGGCAGCCGGAGCCACGGGGCAACGGUGGGACACCAUCCGUCAACGGCGGGACAGUGGGACCCACGACUCGCAGCGUUAUACCACCCCAGUCUUUAUGGAACGGGCAACUUCAACAACCCGUAUCUAGGCGGCCUCACAGCAUCGCCUCGACACCCGUUACAGCUUCAGCAGGCAUGCCUGCAACAGCUCCAGCAACAUCAGCAACCGGCGUACCAUCGUCCGCUCGUACAACAGGCGAGCCUAUACAGUGGGGCUCCUCUGGAAUGGUGUUGCACCAACCCAUACCUCGCCGGGCGUACGCUUCGACCCUGCCACAUCCCCAGCCACCCACGCCCACGUCACAAGGGCCCGCUCUGAGCAUUCUAACGAAUCCCGGCAACUCAAACACGUGGACGCCGGGCGCCGCGCUUCGAUCCAGGCCUCACAGCAUCGCCACCACGCCGCAAACCGCCCCGAUGCCGCCUGCCUCACCCUCCGAUUCCGGGUAUCGAUCUCUGCCAUCCGCCGCCAGCGACUAUCAGAUUCUCAAGUCGCCGUCGAGGUCUCAACAGCAGACGCAGCCGGGACAACAGCAGCAGCAGCAGCAACAGCAGCAACAGCAACAGCACCAACAACAGAGUCAGACGGCCACGCGACGUCUCUCACUGCCGUCUGCACAGUCUCUUCUUCGUGCUUCCGCGCCGAGACCGAGCCCGACGUUUCACGGCCUACCGUUCCGCCCGUUUAAUUGCGGCGUCUCGCCCAACGGCAAUCCCAUCUUCCUCGGAUGCACUCAUCUGCACAACAGCAGCUCCGGCGGCACCGGCAGCACCGGAACCAGAAGCUCCACGCCUGCCACAAGCCCCGCCACGCCGCUCACCACCUCGCAAGCGAUACAGCAGCUGCUGGCGCAGCCACGAAACGGAUUCAAGAUUGUCGACGAUAAGGUGUCCCUCUUCAUCGAGAUACUCGACACGCAAGAGAGGUUCGCCAAG